AUGUAUAACCAGGGCAAGAUCAUGAGGAGGCUGCUUGGCCGCCCGAACGCUGACUCCUCUGGCGACGGAAACCUCAGCGUCACCAGCUCGCCCACGCCCCAGUCCUACCGUCCCAAUGCCUCGCAGAACGCCGCAUACCCCUCCGGGAACAUCCCGAUAGCCUGUCUCGACAGAUCCCCCGACGGACGAAUCGCUGUGCUCGGAGGCCGACAUAUCCUCAAGACCAUACAUGUGGAUGGCAUGAACAUUCGGGAAGGCGUCGACGUGCGCUCUAUCAUUAAAGCCCAGUCCGCGAGCAGGAGCAACGCUGCGAGCUUGAUAUCCGACCAACUAUCCAUCAAGGAUGCGAAAUUCGCUUCUGGUCAUGGUAGCGAACCCGCCCUGUUCACCGCCUGCGCCAACGGCAAGAUAUUCAUGUACGAUGUCAGUCGCCUGGGGUCUGGCAUGGGGCUCGAAUUUGUGCAGACGUGCGAGGGUUCGCGACAAGUCAACAAGCUAGAUUUCAACCCGCACAAGGGGACCUUGAUGCUUUCUGGUGGGCAGGACGGCAUCGUACGCUGUUUUGAUGUCAAGACACCCGUCGCCAGCCGUAGUGGACCUACCUUUAGAACCAUCCAGGCUCUUCACUGCAACGCCGAUGGCAUCCGCGAUGUGAAGUGGUCGCCCAAGGACGGAUAUGUCUUUGCUUGCGCCACCGAGUCUGGCAUCGUUCUUAAGUGGGACAUCCGGAAACCGACCUCGCCUCUACUCAAGAUCAACGCCCAUGACACGCAGAAGGGUGUCACGUCCAUAUCAUGGCAUCACGACGGCGCCCACCUGAUAAGCUCAGGCCUUGACAGUAAAUGCCACGUAUGGGAUCUGUCACCCAGUGCCGAGAAGAGACAGAAGCCGAUGUGGUCCAUCAAUGCGCCAGCACCUGUUACAUCUGUUUCAUGGCGCCCGGGCUUGUGGUCCGCCACCGCACAGGGUCGAAGAGCUGCUCAGAUUGCUGUAUCGUAUGAUGAAGGCGGUAACCUAAAGAAGCACGGCAUCAGCUCGGUGCAUAUCUGGGAUCUCGCACGCCCGACCAUGCCGUACAAAGAGCUCGACAUAUUCGAAAAGUCCCCUAACGACCUGCUCUGGCAUGAUCAGGAUCUCUUGUGGACUGCCGGCCCAGAUGGUUUCAAGCAAUGUGAUGUUGCAUUUGCCCCUAAAGUCAUGGACCGUCAACCGCUGUCCAGCCUCGACUUCUCUGCUCGAGGCGACGUUCUUAUGUUUCUAGAAGAGAGGGCUCAUUCACGGCUGCGACCCACCUUAUCGACCCAUGAAAGACUUCCAGCCUCACCCUAUAGCUCUAGCCCUAUCCCUCAAAUGCUCAGCAUCAGCCGCAGCGACUCCGAGGAAGAUGUGAUUGGCAGCUUUCUGGGUCCCAAGCGACGGGCGAGUGGGAAGCGUCGAAUUAAGCGACAAUCACAGUCGCUGAGCACCACGCCCCCUUCUGGCAAUGGUGUAGAAGACCAGGUGAUUCCCUUGGACCAGGCGAUCAAGUUGACUAGUCCAUUCAGGCCCCAGCAGGUGAUGGCUAUUGGCCAUAUCCCUGCGGCUACGAAAAUGCAUACGAUCCAAUUUCUUUCCCGGCAGUACCUCGAGAUUAUCGAACGUGACCUUCCGUUCUCCGAUGCAGCAGGCCCGUUGAACGAGAGGGUCUCGGGAAUUUUGGAGAAAUAUGCCCGUGCUGCUGAAAGCGUGAGCCAGUUUCGUCUCGCUCAGACAUGGCGAAUCCUGUCUUAUGCAAUGGGCAUGUUGCUCACGGGGAGAUCGCAAUAUCACCUAGAGCUUCGCUCAGAUCGAAGCGGGAAGAAGAAGUGGGCGAAGCAAAGGGACGAGGAUACGGGGUCGAAUUUUCUCAAGCCCGGCUUGUCCCCACGGUUUGGCGUGGGUGGCGAGGACACACCGAGGAAGUCCCCGUCAGUGUCGUCGCUAGAUAGUCGCCACAUUCUAGGCAAGUCAUUAUUGACUGAGGAGAUCGACAGCGAAUCUAACCUGCCCACGCCGCUUGCUCGGCCUUUUAGAGAGAGCGUUUCCGAGUCUGAAGGAGGAGCUGGUGGCGGAAAAUUGGCACCCGUGCAAGAAAUGGAGAGUUUCACUUUACCUCCAGCCGUACACUCGGCAAGGCCCAGCCCACGGACGAGGCUUGACUCCACCCAGUUGUCCAUCAUGAGCCAGGAGAGCCAGUUAUCUAGUACAGAAGGCUACGACUUUUAUGACUUGGAGGCUGUCGAGGCCUUACCAAAAGCUAUCGAUGUGCCAAAGAAGAAGGAGCCGUUGACACUCGACUACAUGGGACCGUCAACUCCCAACAGCCGGAGAAGGCACAUUGCUAGGCAUGAUUCUGAUGACAGCUUCGCCCAGAUAUUCCCGUUAUCGGAAGCCAGCCGUCAGGCCUCAGUGCUGACAAGCUCAUCUGGGGGAAGUACACGUCAAACUGCUGGCCGAACCCAGCUCAAGAGUUCUACUGCCGAAAACGUGGAAACAGAAUAUGGUAGUAGGAUCAGAGGGAAGGAGAUCGGUGGAUCGACUGAUCAAGAGAAGCAUGCAAUCCGGCAUCCUCCUGUACGACACGACUCUGGCAAUCUUACGGACGAUUUCGUCGUAUCUCAGACUACCACCGAUACCUUCGAGAGUGGCCGGUCUUAUGUGGACGAGACCCAUUCUACAGUACGACUGGAAAUCAAGGAGCCACCUUACCAACAGGAACUAUCCCAGAAUGGGACACCUGCACAGCGGCCGGAAGAUAACACUUCACUCACUAUUACUGAGACCGAUUUCCUUCCAUGGGAAGAUGAUCCCCCGUAUCCUCAUCCGGUAGCCUCUGACACAGGCCCGAAAAGGGGCACGCCGCCCAUCAAUCCGUACGACAUCCUCGCAAAAGCUAUGACAUUCGAAAGCCAGCACGCGGCACACAAUGCCUCUGCUAUGAUACUCCUCCUGAAGCCCCUUGUUCCGAGCGAUAUCAUUGACUCUUAUCAGGCUGCGGCCAUCCUCCGGCAGCUCCAUAGCCGUCUCAUGGGCAUGAGACUUUUUGUCGAAGCUGCGUUGCUGCGUAAUCUCUGUGUCCGUGGCUGGCCUGAAGGCAUCGACAUAUGGGGUGACAACUAUGUUUCAAUCUUCAGACCAGCGCAAGACCGUGUCGCGGUGGGAUUCGUCUGUGCGCAAUGCCACAAACCCAGAGAAUUCGAUCAUUCUGCUACGGAAAACUCAGGCAUUUGGAAAUGCGAACGGUGUCUCACGAUCAUGGCACCGUGUGCAGUCUGCGGGCACCGGGAGGUCACAGCCGAUGACAGUUCACCGACACCAGUUUCUGAAGGGCUCAAAGUCACUCCGCCUCAUUCAGAAACCCCGGUGCUGUCAACCUGGUGGUACUGUCCUGGCUGUGCACACGGCGGCCAUGCAAACUGCCUACAGGAUUGGCACGGACCGAUGACACCACUACCAGCUAAAGAACAUCUGCCCCGUGCUACUUCUUCGCCUACUCUUCCCGAAGACGCGUACCCUGAGACAAACAGUGACGGUUGCUGUCCUUUCGACGGCUGCGGCCACGCCUGUCUUCCCGGCAAGUGGCAGAACGAGAACAGCGCCGCUCGCACCGAAGAGCUGGGCAUAGCCGUGCGCGAGCAGACGCGCGGGACCGUCGGCGGCGGACUUAAGAAGAGCAACGACGCUUCGGCCGCCGCGACGCCUGUUACUAGCGUCAAGGGUGACGGCGUCGAUGUCCCGCAGAGCAGAGCCGUCGAAAGCGUCCGGGAAGCUCUGUCUAUGGGAGCCAGCGGUGGUGGCAGUGAGAAAGACUCGAAAUCAGCAGCGGGCGGUCUCUUGAGUAUUCUGAGUUCCAGCCCGGGUCGCGGCGGCGGCAGUGCGGGCGCAGGCGCUGGCGGAGUGCACGAAAGGGAGCGCAGGAAGAGUGUCAAGUUCGCCGGGCCAUCCGAAGAGCGGCGGUAG